UUGUAGAUGAUACAAAGUGAUUGAUGGUGUUUACAAAUGAUAAAAGAAAGAACAUAGUGUGUUAUAUAUAUAACAAGUUGUCUCAAUUUCAUUUUUAAACAAAUCUAUUAUUAGCCAUUUUAUCUCCUUAGAUUGUUAUUUGGACAAACGCAAACUUCGUUUACUUCAAUGGACGAGGUCAAUGCAAACUCCACAUUUUGUUGCUAAUGUUAUACUCCCUCCAUCGAAGUGUUUUAAUGACAAACCACUAAAAUCGUAAGUCUUAAUGAUGAAUUGUAUGAAGCUCAUCUCCGUGAUCAUCUCGGCGGCUUUGUUUCCAGCGUUGGUGGUCGGAUCUCGUCCGGUGAAAUGUCACAAUUGCAUUGACAGUGUUGGAGAAGAAAAGAUCAUCAUGAAGAACAUGAGAACAGGUUUUGAAGUGAACCGUAGGUUUCUUGAAGCGUCAAGAUAUAUAAGCCACGAUGUAAUGAAGAAAAACAAACCAGCUAAACCAAGUGGUAAACCGGAUCAACCGGAUAACACAUACCGACGAGGUUGCACUGCCGCUACAGAAUGCCACCGCUUUACGAAUUAAUUACAUAAACCAUGUUUUUGUUUUGU